ACGAUCCAACUGGGGUCUCCUAAUGAAAAAAAAGCUGACAAAUGGAAUGGUCAGGCCAUGACGCUAAUAGCCGGUUUGAGAUACCGCGGUGGGAAGCGACGGUGUAAUUCCGCCCACAACUCCCAUCAAUGCGAUCCGGAUAGCCAAUGCCGGGGCGAGCGCGGUACCCCACCACGUGCCCACCCCACAGACUGCCAUCGCUUCGGCAUCGACACGUACACUGACCAUCGCCGAGUUCGGCAGGGUGAUCGACAGGUUCGGGAGGUAGAAGAAGCUUCGACAUCGCUACGUAGCUGCAAUCCCGCACCUCGAGUUCCCCGCGAUCUUUUGGAACACCAACGCCCCACCUUCAGCAACAUCAAACAAAAUGGCCGACAACAAGUUCGAUCCCGAAUACUUCCAGGCCAUCCAGCCUCUGUUGGCGGCCAAAGCAUCCCUCCCGCCUCCUGCUCCCCUCACCGACAUCAACUCCCUCCGCACCAACUAUAACGACUUCGAGCUCGUCCUCGCCAACAUUCCCGACUCCCCCGACAUCACCGAGACCACCUACCAAAUCCCUUCGAAGGACGGCACCCUGAUCACCCUCUACCGCUUCACCCCGGCGGCGGCGGCGGCAACCCCUGGCCCUCGUGCUGCAGUGCUCCACCACCACGGCGGCGGCUUCGUCAAUAACAAUGUCGACCAGUUCCGCAAAGACAUCAAGCGCUACGCGCACGCCAGCGGCCUCACCUUCUACGCCGCCGAUUAUCGUCUCGCCCCCGAGCACCCUUUCCCCACCCCCUUUGACGACUGCUAUGCUGCCCUGGAAUGGCUCCAUGCCAAUGCUGCUUCGGAGCAGAUUGAUCCGGCACGCAUUGCCCUUUUCGGCGUGAGCGCCGGCGCCGGGCUGGCUACGGGCGUUGCCCUCAAGGCGCGUGACGACAAGAUCUCACCACCCGUCAAGAAACUGGUGCUGGCGUACCCCAUGUUGGAUGAUAGGACGUAUUGGCCCGAGGACCAUCCGUUGAGCCCGUACCUGAUGUGGAACGGCGCCGCUAACAGGGUUGCGUGGGGGGCGUAUGCGGGUGCGGAUGGCGUGAAGGAGAUCUCGCCAUAUGCUGCGCCGGCAAGGGCGAAGGACUUGUCAGGACUGCCACCAACCUUUAUCGACUGCGGCGAGCUGGACUUGUUUAGGGACGAAGACGUGGAGUUUGGUGCAAGACUGCUCAAGGCUGGUGUCAGUGUAGAGCUGCACGUGUACCCUGGAGUUCCGCACGGAUUUGAGAUGGUGGCAGUGAAUGUCAGGGUCUCGAAAAUUGCGGUUGAGAACAGAGUCCGGGCGUUGGAGAACCUAUGAGUUGAUGUACUUAAUGUUG